AUGGUGGAUUUCCCCCUCGAUGAGGAUAAGAUUGAUUCGUUUCAUAGAAACGUUCAAUCAUGUCUCCGGAAAGAGGGUUAUAUCGGCCGUGUGACUUUCACAGCUUUUGGUCAUCGAGUACAUUCUUCUCGAAUGAUGUUGGAGUCUGUACAUCGCGACAUCAUGUUACUACGACUAAGUAAUAGAUUUGCGAGACUUAAUUACAUGCUACUGACGAUGAUUGACUAUGCAGCCGUGUGCCCCAAAUCAAAUUUCAUGUUAAUUAUAAAAGGCAUGGCAGAGGAAAACGUGCAGGUUGUGCCCAUUAUUAAAGAGAUUCAAAAAAAAGGUUGCAAUGUUCUCUUAGGAGUGAGUGACUAUGAUGACUACUUCGACUACCCAUUAGAGGUGCAAUCUAGUUGCACCAUAUGGUUAUGGGAAAAGCUAUUAAAAGGACACGGCCCUGUGCCCUUUGUUUCAGACGAUGAAGAUGAGGAUGAUGAUACUAGUGACGACGAGGGAAGCUCACCUAAACAUGCUGAAACAGUCGUGUACUGGGAUGUGGAGGAUUACCCAGUGACAGAUUUUGUAUCGUUUAAGGAGAAGAUGAGAGCAGCUCUUGUUGGUGCGGGAUAUAAUGGUAAAGUGUCAAUCAGGGCUUAUGGUGAGAAGAAACCAUCGGCUGCUGCCGGAAUCACCUUUGUAUACGAAGGCUCAAAACGUGGAAGAAUGCAUAGGAUGUUAGUGGACAUGUAUUUGAGGGCAUAUGAUUUGGAGACUACAAGCUCUGCACCAGAAAACUCGAUGGUAAUCACAAAGAACAUGAUGCCGGCUGAGGAUGAACAUGACACUCGGUUCGUCUAUUUGCUUUCACUUUUGAAUAUGAGAUGCUACAAUGUUCUCGUAGCACUGCCUGAUGACUACAAGCCAGAACAGAUGCCAUUUGAGCUCAACUUCACAGCAUGGCGUUGGAGUGACCUACUUACUGGAGGGUGUCCUCUGGACGGUAGCCUUGUCGAAAGACUAAGAGACGACGACCGUAAUAACGCACGUGUAGAACCACGCGUACCCCAAACCCAACCCAAAUCCGAUGACAUCCCCAUCGACUGUACUUGUUCUCUCUGUGUUCGCUCAGAUCUCUCAUGA